GAUACCAGGAUCACUGCGCAUCAGUAAAGUAGAUUGAGUCUGGACGUUGCUCUUGAAAUGGGUGGAACAAGUGGAAAACAGUGGGUAAUGCUUGUGGCUGGUUCAAAGACAUGGAACAAUUACAGGCACCAGGCCAAUGUGUGUCACGCCUAUCAGAUAGUACAUCAGAACGGGAUUCCUGAUGAGCAGAUCGUAGUGAUGAUGUAUGAUGACAUCGCCAAUAAUCAGAAAAACCCUUAUCCUGGAAAAAUAAUCAAUAAACCAAACGGACCAAAUGUGUAUCCAAACGUUCCAAAAGACUACACUGGAACGGAAGUGACCCCUGAAAACUUCCUGGCUGCUCUCAAAGGAGACAGCUGUGCUGUGAAAAAGAGGAAACCAAAAGUCAUUACAAGUGGAGGAAAUGACACAAUAUUCAUCUAUCUGUCAGAUCAUGGAGGUUCAAACACCUUUAGCUUUCCUAAAGGCACUCUUCAUGCCCAUGAUCUCAUUGAAACAAUCAAGGAAAUGGCAAGAAAUUACAAGUUCUCAAAGAUGGUGAUAUACAUGGAAUCCUGUAAAUCUGGUUCGUUGUUCACAACACUCCCCGACAAUGUUCAUGUGUAUGCAGUGACUUCAACUAAAGCAGAUGAGAAGGGUCAUGCCUGUUAUUUUGACUCUGUGAGGAAAACCUAUCUCUCUGAUGAAUUCUCAGCUGUUUGGAUGCACUACACUGAAGCGAAUGACCUUGAUAACAAAACAUUACGGGAUCAGUUUAGUUAUCUUCAGGAAAUGAUGUGGAAAUCUCGCUCCUGCCGUUUUGGGGACAAGACAAUGUAUGAAGAUCCGAUCAGUGUGUUUGUGAAAAACACCCCUCAAAGUGUUCAGGACAAGACAAGAGCUGAGAGUCUUGCAUUAUCUCAUCUGACCUCUAGCGAUGAAGUGCCAUUCAAAAUCUUGGCGCACCAAAUUAAAACAGAAUGUGAUGCAGGCAAAAGACAACAUCUUAUUAGAAAACAAGAAGCUCUACAUCAGGUGUGAAAUCUAUGUAAUACAGUACAUCAUAAACAUGUAAAGUGCAGAUGUUCUACAAUAACUGUGUGUUACUGGAUGACAAAAAUCCUUCAAAUCCCUUCAUUGAUAACUAACUAAAGAUUUGGAAGUUCACCAAGAAGAUUUCCUCCAGUCGUAAAAAUAUCAAACCAAUAGAUGGUUUUGACAGCAACAGCAUAAACAAACGAUAGGCCCAAACUUAACUUCUGGUAGACUUCUGCAAAGAAUCAAGAACAACAGAGUCCCUGUAGAGUAGAGAUUAUUUCUGAUAACAAGCUAAAUAAAUAAGUAAAUUACAUUAGCUAUAUUUUGAGCUACCGGCAGAAGAAAUGAACCAUCACUUGUCUAAA